CAAUAGAAGCGGGGAAGAUCUGUCAUUUUGUCUGUGUCGCGUCUAGCUUGUUUAUUCUAGUUUUUUACAGCCAUUGUGACAUGUCGAAAAAGAUUUUGCAAACCAAAGUAUGCGUAGCAAAGUAUUGUACCAACACAAAUGAUUCAAGAGACAAAAUUUUUAUAAGUGUGCCCGCCCCAGCUCAGAAAGAAAGAAGAAAUGCUUGGUUAAGUGCCUGUGGAGUUGGUGAAAACGACGUAAGCCCAAAUAGUCAUCUCUAUGUCUGUGAAGACCAUUUUAAUAUGGGAGCUGAUUGCCUAAACUUAGCUGACUACAAAAGUGGCCGUAGGAAAAAAAUUUUGAUAGACAAGAAUGUCAUACCUCACAGGUUUCUAAGGCAAGAUUUUUCCCAGUUAACUGGUGAUGUGGUUACACAUGCGAUGAGUGAAUCAAGACAAACUUGUGAUAUCUUUCCACAAGCAGCUUAUGGAGUAGAACCUGUAUUGACUGAAGAAGUUUCCCGAUCAGCUGUCAUUCUUAUUGAAGGGGCCAUGAAGCCUAUAGCCAGUAAAUCAAAACAAAUUGAUGGAAUCUAUUCCCAAGCAACUUGUGACGUAGACCGUUCAUAUGUGACAGAAUUUGCGUUGACUGAAGCUUUUUCCUGGCCAACUGUCGACACAGUUUGCAAGGCUGAUAAGGCAGCAGGAACAUCCCCUAUUUGUUUAAAAAAUGUUGGUGUAAACACUGACUUAAAAUUUGCCGUUUUUGAUAUCCACUAUGGGGAUGUUAUUGGAAUCUGCUUUGAUAAAUCCUUCCAAGAGACGAUGGGACAUCUUGCCCUCUUGCAAGUGUGUAAUGUGGUAAAAGAAUGAAAAAUCGUUUUCAAGGAUACGCAUUCUAUUGGCUGUUGCCGGUCACGUGAUCUGCUCCUAUUGGUUAUUGAUUGACCUAUACUAAUACACCAAGAAUCACGUGA